AUGCUGCACUGCGCACAUGAGGAAAAUUGUGGUGCUGCCGAAGAUGAGCGUCACGCUAUUGAAGACUUUCAGAUAUAUGAACUGGAGAGACAACAGCUAAAAGCAGAAAUAGCAAGGGUAGAUAGCAGCAUGUUGAAUUUCAAACUAAUGCACAUUGUCUUGUACAGCUAUAACUUUCAGAAGUUUCUUUCUCGGCUUGAUAGCUUUCAUCCUCUAAUAGUGAAGAAAAAUAAUAAAUCCAUUGAAGUCAAGGGGAAAAAUUCAAGUCUUUAA